UUGCCAUUGCACUGUGGUGUAGGUUGCACAUGCCUUCGAUCUGACAUGGUAUGGCUGUGGCUGUGUCCUGCAGCUGUAGAUCCUAUUCAAUCCUUAGCCUAGAAACCUCCAAAUGCUGCGGGUGCAACCCUAAUAAGCACACACACACACACACACACACACCACACACACACACACACAGAAGAUCUCUCAAAAAUAUACUAAAUUUUUAAAACCAAUUUUCUUAAAAAGAAAGGCUAUAAUUGUGAUUAGUUGAGCCAAAUUCUUCCUAUAUUCAUGUACUAUACUUAAUUGAGAGACUCAUUUAGAAUCUGCCGAAAAGCAAAGAUGAGAACUUAUAAUAAAAUACUGAAGAGAUUUCCAGUUUGCAGGAAUGUCAUGAAAUUACUUCCUUUAUGCUGAAACUAUCAUUUCUAAGCUUAACUGGAAACAUUUGAAAAUAUUGUCAUUUAGCCUUGAUAGAUAAUUGUGGCCUCUUAAUCACUCAAUAAAAUAGACCAGAAAGUGCAGAUAGGUGUAAACCUGGGAAUGAAAAGAAUUGUAAAAUUAUCACAAAAGAUAUGCGGAAAUUUAAUUUGAUAUUAUCAUACGAUUCACCUCUCUGAAUAACCCUAUAUACAGCCUCCUUAGUGGUUAUUAUAAAUGUUUGGACUCUGCAUGAGCAUUUUGAUUAUCAGUAUCAGAGGUCAACCAACUUUCUGUAAAGGGCAAUAUAUUAAUAAUAUAGACUUUGCAAACCGUAGUGUCUGAUGCAAUUACUACUCCCCCUCUGUAGUGUGAAUGCAGCUCUAAUGUGUAAAUGAAGGGGCUUAAGUGUGUUCCAAUAAACCUUUUAAUAAAAAUAGGUGCUGAGCCAAAUUUGGCCCAUGGAUCAGUUUGCCCCCAGACCCCCAUCCUAGACUUUCCCAUAAACAUUGACCAUAUGUUCUUUCUCAUUUAAUAUAAGGUAAUUUCACUAAAAUUUGAAAAUUCAACAACAGAUAUAAGAUUUUAAAAUUUAAGUCCAACUUUUUUUUUAUUAGGAAUGUGAAUGAAAGCAAUCUUAUAAAAUAUUGAGGUUAACAUUUCUAACUCAUUUUUGGACUUCUGUGUUGUCCUUGGUAUCAAAAGAUAACAUGAGAGGUGAAAAAUCACCAGCAAUUUGACUCAUAAAUUAGAAGGUAUAGUACAAAGAAAAAUAAGCAAAAUGACCAUUUCCUGUUAUAUAUGAUUUUAUCUCAAAGAUAAUUUAUCUUUAGAAAAUCUAUUUGUGGAAUUUACUGCAUUAAAAUAUUAAAGAAGAAAAAUAAAGGUUAAAAAAAGCAAAUCACACAUCCUCUGAUAAAAUGCAGUGGUCAACUCAUGAUUUUUGAAAGUCUCUUAGUGAAAUAGAACAAAACAUUGUUUCGGUAGUAUGAAAGAUCGGAAUAUAUCAUCACAAGUAGAUAUGCUUUUUGCUCCUUGUUUGGUUUUAAUUUGAACAAGUCAACAAAAAAACCUAAUAUUUUGGGACAGUUGGAUAUAUAUGAGUAUGUGCAAGGGAAAAAAUGAUAUCAAAGUGUUUUUUUUUUUUUUUUGUUAAAUUUGCUAGCCUUGAAAUUGCAUCUUGGUUAAGAGAAAAAAAAAAAAGCCCAAAACAUGUAUUUUAGUAAUUCGUACUGAAGAUACACAGGAGUGAAAUGGUAUGCUGUUUAAAUUCUGGUUUAAAAUAUAUUAAAAUUAAAAAAAACUUUUAAAAAACAGGUAAAGCAGAUAUAAAAAGUCUUCAUAUGUGUUGAAUCUACUUGAUCAGUACAUGAAACUUAUUUCUCUAGUUCUCUAUCCUAGUGUAUAUUUGAAAAUAUUCAUAAUUUUUUAAUUAUAGCAAGCAUCAUUCUUAAUGUUUUAAACUGUAUUAACUGCCUUGGUGAAAUCAGUUCCAAAAUGAAAAGUCUCUGCUUUUAUUCAGUACUCUGCUGGAGGUUCUGUCCAGGGCACUAGCAUAAGAAAAAUAUGUUUAAAAAUAUUGGAAAAGGGGAAAAACAUCUUUCUUUGCAACAACAUGAUUUUAUUUAAAAUUACAGUAGCUCCCCACUUCCAAUGCUUUUCAGUUUCUCUUCCUUUACAAAAUACUUAUUAAUGUGCUGAAUACAAUGGAACUUACGAGUCAAUGAGCGUCAUGCUUUCUGUCUAUAUCUCUCACAUUUUCACCCCAUGGAAGCAGGAUCUUUGUCUACUUUGUAGACAGAAUGGUGCUGGAGCUGCCUAGGCUGCAUCCUGUGAGCCAGUUGUGGAUGUGUCUCCUCACCUCUGCCUUCUGCAAGGGCACAUUGGUAGCUUGAAAUCUGCCAUGGUGGGAGGCUUUGCUUUUAUUUUUGUAUCCAAAUAGAGUUUUUUCAUAUUUUUAUCAAAUUCUUUAAGAGUAACGCAUGUGGCAAUCAAUUUUUGAGAUUUUAUUGGCUACCAGGAAUUGACUGUACACUUAAAUUAUUUAAAUGUACUUAUUUAUUCAGAAAUAUCUAUUGAGUACACACGCAUGGCAGAUGUCUGUUUUAAAUGAGUAGUAUUAGUCAAUUCUGGUAAAUGUCUAACUGCCUCUUAAGGGGUGGAGGUGAGGGGCUGAUUUGUAGGGUUUGUCAAUUUCUGUGAUAUAAAGUCAACAUUCAAAGGAUAUAAGCACACUAACUCUCCUGAUGAAAAGUCCAGAAUUUCUGGGAGAAAAAAAAUGUGGAUUCCUUAUACAGUCAUAGAAGAGUUAAAUCUGAAUUGAAUUUCCACAGACCAAUAUCACAUGAAUUUGACUCAUUCGCCUCAAUUAAUUUGCUUUCUUAUGCUUUCUUAUCCAUAUGUAUGAAAAGAUUCACCUGUAUCUUUUAAUGAUGCCUCAUUCACACUCUUAAUGAAUUCCCCUGAGACAACAAGAAAGACACAGAUAAAAUAAGUCCAGCUCCAUGUGUGUGACAUACUCAGAGAAGAACAUUCCUAUUGUCUAUUUUUGAAGCAGUGUUUAUAGGAUAAUAUUACUAAAAUUGUAUAGAUAUAUAACAUAGACUUACAAAAAAUUCAUUUAAACUCUUCGCAUUAGUACAAAGAAAUUGUUUUAAUAAAUAGUGUUUUGUAUUAUAUGAAAAGGGGCAAAUGUAAGAAUGCUUUAUUGGUCCACGUAGGUGUAGCUGAGUUUUUGGGUAAGAGGCAAAAAGCCAGUAUGAGUCGUAUUAUGAUUAAAAUGUUCCCCAAUUUUGCACUAUCAGGAAUCAAGGAUAUUGUGGAUCAAAUGUAUAAUGAGAAUUAUAAUCCUUGAGAGCCAUGGCAAAGUUAAAUCACAAUACUUGUUUUGACAAUACAAUAGAAACCAAGUAAGCUGCAAACUCAAUUUACCAGCUCUGAAAUUAUAUAAACAUGGAAACAAAUUAGAUGAUUCAGUGUGAACUAAAUCAUCAAGAGGAACCAGGAAGUAAGUAAAUUUGUUUUUAUUCAGUUUUAGUAUUUAUUAUUCAAUUUCAUUCAAAUAUUUUAAAGUAUUAUUUGCACGUGUUUGUGGUGUUUGUGAAUUUAUGAAUCUUUUGAUAUUAAAAAGCAAAUGAUUGUUUACUCCCAAGAAGACUAUUAAUGAACUUCUAAAGAAGCAGCACAGCGAUGUCUUGAGUUGUUCAUUAAUUUUUUUCUCAGUUAAAUGGUUCUCUGUUACAGAAAUAAGACAUAAAAAAAGACAUGCCCUAUUUAAAGGAGUAUCUGCUUCCUGGUAAAUGUUUUGACCUUCCACUUGUUCAUUUGCUAAAGCAAUGGUUUAAAAAAAAAAAAAAAAAACACCCAACAACAACAACAAAAAAGACUGUGUGUUGUAUGAAGUAAACUGUUUCUAGGCAAUUAUUUAUUUUAGUAGCAGAAGUUACCUUUUCUUAUUCUUCUGGCAUUUUCAUCCCAAAAAGGAAAACAAAAAAGGAUGUGGGCAAGUGACAGCAUCAACUAAACCCUUAAAAACAUGAUUUGGAGAGAAUGUCAACAAAACAUUCCCAUGGAUAAACACAUAUGUUCUAAAGUGAGGUGAUUGCUAUGUUGACUAGCGGUUUAAACUUGUGAAAGUUUCUUAAACUAUGUGUGUCCCAGUUUCUCAAAAUAAAAUUGUGGAGGUAGGCCUAUGUAACCUCUGUUAAGCUUUCAAACUGUACUUAGAAUAUCUACAAUCCAUACAGGUCCAUACGGUUUUUGUCAUACUGAAGGAAAGGAGAAGAAUCAAUUAAAAUAUUUUCAUAUUUUUUACAAAAGAAGCUAAAUAUUGUAAAGAUAAGUUUAAGCUUAAUUUUAAAGAAACUAUAGAAGAAAUAGCUCUAUUUAAAUGUAAUCACAAGAUUUUUAUUUUGUCCAUGGCCUGUGAUGAUGUAUUUUCAAAGAGAGAUCAGUAUUGAACUUGAGAUAAUAUUCAAUACUCGAAUGAAAGGUCAAAAGGAAAUUAGUUACUGGAGAGGAUCAAAUAUGUUUUUAAAUUUCAUGCAUUAUCAUCAUAGAUACUUUAAAAAUGUUAUAUACUUUCCUCAAACCUAUGUAAACUAUUUUAUGUUCUAUAAGGGGAAUGCACAUUUUCUGUUCUCAAGGGGGAAACAGGAUUGGCAAUGAAAAACCACACAGUACCCACAGAAUUCAUUCUUCUUGGCCUCUCAGAUGACCCAGAGCUUCAGACUGUGAUUUUUCUCUUUUUAAUUAUCACAUAUAUAUUAAGUGUCGUGGGAAAUUUGGCCAUCAUCACUCUCACCCUGGUGGACUCCCAUCUACACACCCCUAUGUAUUUUUUCCUCAGGAACUUCUCUGUGUUAGAAAUUUCCUUCACAACUGUCUGCAUUCCUAGAUUUUUGGGCACAAUUGUCACCAGGGACAAAACUAUUUCAUACGGUAAUUGUAUAGCUCAGUUGUUUUUCUUCAUCUUCAUGGGAAUCACUGAAUUUUAUCUUCUAACUGCCAUGUCCUAUGAUCGCUAUGUCGCAAUCUGCAAACCCCUGCAUUAUACAACCAUCAUGAGCAAAAGAGUCUGCACACUGCUUGUCUUUUUCGCUUGGUUGGCAGGAUUCUUAAAUAUCUUCCCGCCAGUUAUUCUUUUUCUCCGGUUAGAUUAUUGCGGCUCCAAUAUCAUCGAUCACUUUGCUUGUGACUAUUUCCCCCUCCUGCAACUAUCCUGCUCUGACACAUGGCUCCUGGAAGUGAUUGGUUUCUACUCUGCCAUAGUGAUUCUGCUUUUCACCCUGGCAUUGAUCCUUCUAUCCUACGUGUUCAUCAUGAAGACAAUCCUGAAACUGCCUUCUGCCAGUCAGAGAAAAAAGGCAUUUUCUACAUGCUCCUCUCACAUGAUUGUCAUUUCCAUCUCUUAUGGGAGCUGCAUAUUCAUGUAUGCCAACCCUUCAGCAAAAGAAAAGGCGUCCUUGACCAAAGGAGUAGCUAUUCUGAACACUUCUGUUGCUCCCAUGAUGAAUCCAUUUAUAUAUACCCUGAGGAACCAGCAAGUGAAGCAAGCCUUUAAAGAUAGCAUCCAAAAGAUUAUGUUUUUUUCAAGUAAAUGAAAAUAUUUGUGGCAUUAAAAGAAUAAAGUUCUUGUCAAUGCUUCUAUUAUUCAUACUUUCUCAAAACUCUUGCUUUCACAAUAGCUAUAUAUUUUUCCCUGUGUCCAUUCCCAUAUUAAAAUUUCCCCCACUUUGAACCCAGUACCUUGGAUAAAGUUGAAUAUUGCUUCAGAAUUUCUAUAAUUUGUUUUAUUCAAAUGUAUUAGGAUGGCAUAUAAAACACAGGUUAAUGUUACGAUUUUGAGAAGUGAUUUGUUUUUGAAGAGACAUAGGCUAUUUAGUUUGAUGAAAAUGGUGUGAGGAUAGAUGUGAAUUUCUGAAGUUUUCCUUCUUACCUGGUAAUAGAAAUGAAUAUUUUCAGGAAAUUUUGAUUCUCUAUGGCAUUUUUGUGAAAUCAAAUUACCACAAUCACAACAGGGUUGGAAAUAAAAUAUAAAUAUCUACUUAAAUAUUUAAAAAAGAUUAGAAAGUCAAUAUAUUCUAUUUUUUAUGCUAUUAAUAAUAUAGCUGAUGAUAAUGAGAAGGAGAAAAACGGGGAGAAGUAUAGAAGAUAAAAUCUUAUUCAGCAAUUACUAGGUUCCAGACUUAUUCUAAUUAUUUUCUCUUUAUUGGCUCAUUGGAUCCUGCCAACAACUUUAUGAGGCACCUGCAUUGUUAUUCUUCUGCAGAAAUCUUUAUACUUUCUCUGGAUAUAUUUUAUAAGCUUUCCCUCACUUAUGUUCAUAAUAAAUAAAAUAAAGGUUUGAGUUAAAUUUUAAAAUCUUACAUCUAUAUCAAUCACCACGUUGUAAAUCAAAUAGUCUUCAAUAAAACUCUAAAAAGAAUCUUACCUCUAUUAUUAAAUUUUCACAUUUCAGUCAGAUUAUUUUAUAUUAAAUAAGAAAUACUAUAUAGGUCAAUGUUUAUGGAAAAGUCUUACAUGGGGGGAGGCAAACUAUGAUUCCUGGCCCAAAUUUGCUCAAAACCUAUUUUUAUUAAAAGUUUUAUUAGAACACACCUCAUUCCAUUCAUUGAAAGGUUGUUGAUAGCUGCAGUUACACCCUAAAGGGAGAGCUGAGUAGUUGCAUCAGGGAAACUACAGCCUGUAAAGCGUAAACUAUCAAUAUAUUGCCCUUUAUUGAAAAGUUUUUGUUAACCUCUGAUAUUGAUAAUCAAAAUGCUCAUAUAUAUUCCAAACAUGUAUAAUAACUAUUAAGGAGUUUGUCUAUAGAGUUUUUGAGAGCUGACUCAUCUGAUAAUACCAGCAUAAAUUUCCUCAUAACUUUUGUAAUAAUUUUACAGUUCCUUUAAUUCUCCUAUCUAUACCUAUCUGCAG